UUUAAAUUCUAAAUCAUGAACCAAGAAGAUUAGACUAAGGAUAAUAAACAAAAUGUAAGUUUACAUCCUGAGAACUAGAAUAACCUUUCGGAUAACGUGUAAGUUCAACCUCAACCAAUAAAUUAUCUGGAAGCCUUGGCUUUGUUACCUGAUAUCCAGAAUACCGUGGAUAUUGUUCAUACAUUGUGUAGUUCAUCUCCAUUAUGUAAAUUUUGUGGAGGGAGAUACUACGAAGAGUCUAUCAUUGAAAUAACAAGCUUAGGUAAGUUAAAUUGGAAGUUCGAUUUCAAUAUGCCUCCAUAUUGUUGUGCUGGUGAUUAAGACCUAAUUCUGAAAAGUCUGUUUAACCUUUUCCCAUCAAGGGGAUUUACAGGAGUUCCAAAAUCAGAUUAACCUAACUGUUGUUGUUGCAACAAUCUUCACUAUUUUAAAAGGACUGCCUAUUUUUUGGAGAAUGAAUUAAUUAAUUUUGAAUUUAAGAAUUUUGGUAGACUCUAUAUAUAAGGAAUUUUAGUGCUAGAAUUUUAAUAAUGUUUGAAACAUAUUUAAGAUAUGCUGUUUGCAUCUGAUGAUUCAACAAUGCCUUAAAUGCAGGUUUACUAACCAAACUACAAAUAGCAUAACAAAAUAACUUUUAAGGCUGAAAAAAAUACUUGUCCUGAACACCCAUAUUCAUUGUCAGGCUGUUAUUCAGUUUGCAAUUGCAAAAAAUUAAUUAGAAAAUUUGAAAUUUCUGGUCUAAGUUAAGGUGAUUGCCAAAUCAUCAACACAAGAACAUCAAAAUAAGCAUGCUAUAAAACUUGUGGAUGUAAGGAUGUAUGCCCUUGUGAUUCAUGUAGAUAUGCUGAUUAUCCUAAUUAUCAAAUAACUUUCAACAAUGUCACAAAAUUAGAUAAAUUAGCUAUCAUAAUGUGUUUGAUUCAUUUUAUCAUGUACAACGAAUGGGAAUUUACAGAUUACAAAGGCAUUCAUCUAAAAACUCAAAUAAUGAGGGCUGAAAGAUUAUAAAUGUAAAAAUCAAAAAGUAGUGGAUGUUCUAUAUUUUGAUUAAUAAGAUUAAAUAACCUAC